GCAGAACGCCUGCAAGCUCCUGGGACUCGAGCUCCACCUAAUUCAACCGGAACGCCACUCGCGGAACGACUCUACAGGUCGUUAGAAUGUGUUACGCUUCCCAGGGAAGCAAGACGCGUAGGCGGCCACGUUUGAGCCAAAUAAAGCACGCACCUGGUGAACAGGCGCCUUCCUCGGGACAAAGCCGGGGUGGGUUUGUGCGGUUUUGUAACCGAGUUGUUGCUUCGAGGACCGUACGCUCCCUUCCAGCCCUUGCCUCAUCCACAGUGAUCCCACCCCUUUCUACCGGGGGGGGGGCAACAAAAGGCAGGACACAGAGCGGGGCUGAUGUCACAGCCAAGUCUUUAUAAGGAGGGCCCGCUCUAUUUAGCAACUUUACAGUUUGACGGCGGUGGCUGUGGUCCAAGACAUCGGGAUUACAAGCAGCUAGGGGGAGGGGUUUGGAGGGAAAAUGCAGCAGGGGAAAAUGCAUCCGAUGCAUACGUACCAAUCCAUCAGACCUUUCAAACAAAGAAAGAGUUUUGCAAGCAGGAUGGAAGAAGUUACAGGCAUUCGGGAAAAAUUUCCCACAAAAGUCCCUGUAAUUGUUGAAAGAUAUCAGAGAGAAAGGUACCUUCCACUGCUAGACAAAACAAAAUUUCUUGUACCUCAAGAGCUGACCAUGACACAGUUUGUAACCAUUAUUAGGGGCAGGAUGGGAUUGGGUUCUACGCAAGCUUUCUAUCUGCUAGUGAACAACAAGACUUUAGCCAGUAUGUCUUUGACUCUGGCUGAAAUAUACCAGGAUUACAAAGAUGAAGAUGGAUUUGUAUACAUGACUUAUGCUUCCCAGGAAAUGUUUGGAUACCACUUGGCCGCUGAUAAAGGGAAAUCUAAUGAAUGUCUCCAGAAAACAUAAGUGUCUUUUGAGAGGCAGCUGUGGCUAGGCAGCUGUGCUGUGAAUCACAUAAGUUACUUGUACUAAAAAGAAGCUCUGUUUGACAUGGGCUCAGCUGAAACAUUAAUGACCCAGGAGCUGGCAAGGCCCAGCUAAAGAAGCAAGUGGUGAGAUAAACCAUCCUAAACAAAGGACAUGGACAUUUGUUUUGUAUUUGAAUGGAUGCUCGUGUGACAAAAGAAAAUAGUUGGGGUAUGCUUCAGUGGGUUUGUUUUAAAAAUGCCCUAAAUUAUGUAACUUUUUAAAAAUGUUAAUAAAACUGGACAAUAGUAAGAUGCAAA